UAUAGUUAGAGAUGCUGCAGUUAAGCACAGUUACAGAUUGUCUGCUGAUCAGUAAUGCCAGGUCAGCCUGUAGCAAUGAACUUAUCCAGAAGGAGGAGGUCACUCUUUGUAUUAAUGUUUCCAAGCAGCAACCCUUUCCCUCUAUUCGGGUAAGCACUUUGCGUGUACCUGUAUAUGAUGACCCUCAAGAAGACCUGUACAAGUAUUUUGACUGCUGCGCAGAUGCCAUAGCCAAUGAGGCUGAACGGGGAGGCCGCACUGUUGUGUACUGCAAGAAUGGACACAGUCGCUCAGCUACUGUCUGUGUGGCCUAUCUAAUGAAGCACCAGGGUCUCACCUUGACUGAUGCCUUCCAGGUAGUAAAAAGUGCCCGAUCAGUAGUUGAGCCUAACCCAGGAUUCUGGACUCAACUGGAGCGAUAUGAACAGGAUCUGAAGAUUAGGAGGUCGGCCAGCCACAGCUUUAACCUCUCUCCACUUUAAAUUCAUACCUACAUUUUCUGAUAUGACAUUCUCAAACUUCAGGGCUUUAUA